AUGUUUUGCGAGAAAUUACACGAAAAAUAUACCUUCUGCCUAGUAUCGGUAACAACGCCUAAUAUCAGACAUUCUGGAUGGAAUUCUAAGUGCAUCUUAGCAAAUUCUACUUUGCGCAUGUGUAAUUUUAAUAGUACCAAAAUUACAAUGUUAGUUUCGAUAAUUAGGAGAAGUGUCCCGUACAAUUUGCGACGAGUCGCGGCAUGUGUUAUCUCGAGAAAUAAAACCAAAACAAAGGUCGCGCGAUACAACAAUGAGUCAAAUCUACUGUCUACUUCGCUUCCACAUCUUGCUGCCUGUAGAAUUUACAGCACCAAACGUGAUUCCGAAUCGCGGGUUACUUUACCUACGCUCGUAGAAGCGGCUCCUAUGGCGAUACCAUCUUUUAUAACCCCCUUAAAACUUAUAUAUUUAUCGGCCUUUAAAAUUACUCCAUACAUAGAUAAAGAAUUUAAUGCAGCUGAAUUUCUUCAAGGAGCCAAAUGUGCGUCUGAAGUAAUAUCUAAGGCUUUAGCAAGUAAGAACUUUGAAUCUUUAGAAGGUCUUGUGGCAGAAGAUAUGAUUGAGAUUUUAAGGGAAAAAAUCGAAACCUUGAGUCCUAAUGAAAGACAGCUGAUCGAAUUGAAUAAGAAUGAUAUUCUGUUUUACGUUUUGUCUGAUAUCGCAGCUACAACAGGUAACGAGCAUUCCAUUGAAAUCACAACAACUUGCCAUUAUAUCCCAGGUUUUGGUAAGGCAAAAAAGGAGAAAAUGUUUAGAACAGGAUUUGCAGAACUUACAGAACAUGCUCAUCUAGUAUGUAAUUAUACAUUUACUCGUAAAUAUGUAAAUAACAUUGGAGGUCCUUGGAUUGCGACAUUGGUCAAUCAUUUUACUUUGUCAUAAAUAUAUUUGUAAGAAAAAAAUAGUUUUUCAAAUAAAAGCUUGUACUGAUCUGUUUAA